AUGCCCGGUCUAGUCCGAAGAGGGCGGAAACGCCCAUCGCUGGCCGUCAGCGAGCAAGUCGACAAGCAGUCCGACGACGAUUCCUCUACGUCAAGCAGCAAACGCGCCCGCCAUGACCGGGACGCGUCCGGCAGUCCUUCCCCAAGCACGUACAUGCAAAACGAUGAUGCAGACGGAACAAGCGCAUACGUUCAAGAUGAAUUCCAGCCAGGCUCUCUUGUUAGGGUAAAGCUGAAGAACUUUGUCACAUACACAGCUGCCGAAUUUCAUCUGGGCCCCAGUUUGAACAUGGUCAUUGGUCCAAACGGGACAGGAAAGAGUACGCUUGUGUGCGCAAUAUGCCUGGGUCUUGGAUGGGGUAGCGAACAUCUGGGAAGAGCCAAGGAUUUGGGUGCUUUUGUCAAACAUGGUGCUAGCGAAGCCAUUGUCGAAAUCGAGCUUGCAACAGGCCCAGGCAAUGGUCCAAAUCGUAUCGUUCAACGUACGAUUCGCAAAGAAGACAAUAAGUCUGUGUUCUUUCUCGAUGGCAAGCGCGUUUCCCAAGUCGCUGUAACAACCAUGGCCAAGCAAUUUUCCAUACAGAUUGAUAACCUUUGUCAAUUCUUGCCUCAAGACCGUGUCGUCGAGUUUGCCAAAAUGACCGAUGUCGACCGCCUACGAGAGACUCAGCGUGCAGCGGCGCCCCCGCACAUGGUUGAGUGGCAUGACGAACUCAAGGCCCUGCGUAUUGAAGAACGCAAUGUCCAGACAAAAGAAACCAACGAGCGCAGUCAUUUGGAAAAGUUGGAAAAACAGCAGAAUGCAACCAGAGAGGAUGUCGAACGAUUCCAUCAACGCGAGGGCUUGUUGCGCAAAUCGAAAUGUCUGAAGAAGGUCAGGCCCAUGAUUGAGAUCAAGCUGCUCAAAAACGACAUAUUGAAAAUGAAGGAAGACAGGAGGCUGGCAAUGCUAGAGCUGGAUCAGAUCAAGGAAGACAUGGAACCAGCGCGUAUAGCCUUGUCAGAAGUGGAAACAUAUCGUAAUCAGAUUGAGCAAGUUGUGAAGCUCCGCAAGAACCGUGUCGAUUUGAUUAAGACACAAGCCGACAAGCUCGUGAAAGAUAUCGAUACAGAGAAGGCAAAGGCCAGCGACUCCACGGAGUUGAUCAAGGUCGAGCUGAGAGCCAAAAAAUCGCGUGAGCAGGAUAUUGUCCGCAUUACGGCAGAUAUCAAUAGGCUAGAACAAAAACGACAGAACACGGCUGUGGAAUACGAUGCUGCAUCUUUUGAAAGUCGCAAGGCAGAAGUUCGAGGUCAAAUUUCUACCAUCAGCAACAGCGUAACGGAUAAGCAAAAUUCGAUAUCGGGUCUUCGCGAACGCGCGCAUGCAAUUGCGGACGAGAACACAAAGCUGAACACACAGCGAGAGCAGUUGAACACGCAAAGCGGCAAGCAGGCAAGCCUUCUACAGAGACUUUCACCCGACACUGCGAAAGCUUGGAAAUGGAUUCAGGAAAACAAGCACACUCUGAAUUUCAAGGGUGAAGUCUUUGGUCCGCCAAUCUUGGAAUGUUCCAUUCCAGAUACCAGAUAUGCUCAAGCUCUAGAAGGCCAGCUGAGAAAAGGCGAUGUCAUUGCAAUCACUUGUACUCAUAGCGAUGAUCAGCAGUUACUGUCGAACCUCCUCCUUAGAAAGGUAGCCAAUGGGGGCCAAGGACUGCACGAAGUCCAUCUUCGGUCGUCCCCCAAGUCUCUCGAUUCAUACCAAUCACCAAUCAUGAAAGAGGACUUGGAGAAAUUUGGCUUUCAGGGCUACAUGCUCGACUUCAUUCAAGGGCCCGCCGCUGUUUUGGCCAUGCUUUGCGACAACAACCGCCUACAUCAGAUAGCUUAUUCACCGACCCCAAUAUCAGAUGAGCAGCACGCUGCUGUAUCAAACAGCCCUAUCCGCAGCUGGGUCAGUGGUACUGAGACCUUUCGCAUCGUCACGCGCAGAGAGUACAACGCUUCCUCAACAUCUGUCACGAAACUUAGGCCUGCUCAAUGGUUUACGGACCAACCAACUAACACAGAAGAGGUUCGGGCGAUCGAAUCGAGAAUUACAGAGCUAGUGCAAGAGAAAGAAGAGAUCCAGGAAAAUUACGCCAUUGUUACAAACGAAAUGAAGAGUCUCAAACAAGAACUCGAGGAGCUCAAGCAGGCGAGGGAAGCAAUACAAGCAGAGCAAGAUGCUACGAAAAAAGCUCUGGCAGAGUGGCGGGCCAUUCCUGAUAAGAUCGCUUCCAAACAGGCCCAAUUGGACGACCACAAGCAGCAAAAUACAGAAACCAAUGAGCGCAUCCGUGAAAUUAAAACACAGGCUCGUGAAACAUCAUUACGCGUAGCGGCACAAGCUCUAGAUUAUGCUAAAGCUGUGACGCAUAUGCGUACAUUUCAUGAAUCGCUCAUUGAAGCUGAAAUUCGGUUCAUCGAAGCCAAGUCGGAACUCAAUGCAUUGAGAAAUGAAAACAGUGCAAUGAUCCAGAGGCAGCAGACAAAAGAAACUGAGGUUCAAGAACUUGGCAAUCGCAUCAAACGUCUUCGCGAGGAGUACCAAAAGAAGACAGCAGCUACUCAACAAGACAUUGAAACCUUGACCGAAGAGGAGAAGCAGAUCGUUUUGGAGUAUCGCGAACUCCCUUCAUUUGACGAUCUCGAGCAGGAAGUUCAAGCCGUCGCUGCACGAUUGGAGAUGAUGGCUGAAGGCAAUCCCGGUGCUAUUAGAGCUUACGAGAAGCGCGAGGAGGACAUGAACAGAACGCGAGAGAAGCUGGAGCAGUACACGGCUAGCCUCGGUGAGAUCAGGGAAAAGAUUACAGAGAUUCGCGAACAAUGGGAGCCACAGCUCGAUGUUCUCAUCAGCAAGAUAAGUAAUGCCUUUGCAUACAACUUCCAGCAGAUUGGGUGUGCUGGCGAGGUCGCUGUGUUCAAGGAUGAGGAGGACUUUGAUAACUGGUCUGUUCAGAUCUCAGUCCGCUUCCGUGAAAACGAGCCCCUUAGUGUUCUCAAUUCUCAUCGCCAAUCCGGUGGCGAGCGCGCCGUCUCAACUAUUUUCUACCUUAUGGCUCUUCAGGAUCUCGCCCAGUCGCCUUUCCGUGUCGUCGACGAGAUCAAUCAAGGUAUGGAUCCGCGCAAUGAACGAAUGGUGCAUGAGCGCAUGGUAGACAUUGCCUGCCAAGAGCGUACAAGCCAAUAUUUCCUUAUCACUCCAAAACUCUUGACUGGCCUCAAGUUCCAUCCCAAGAUGAAGGUUCACGUCAUCAAUUCUGGAGAACAUAUCCCCGACUCAAAGACUGUAAAAGGGGGUUGGGAUCUGAACGAUAUGGCCAAAAUCGCGCUGAGGACAAGGAAGGGUAUUACGGUUACUUGA